AUGGAUUCCAUAAAAACGAACUUCACUGUGACUGAAUUUGUUUUCCUGGGUCUCUCAUCUCAGCCAAAGAUGCAGCUUAUUCUUUUUGUUAUGUUCUUGCUCUUUUAUUUAUUAACAGUAUCUGGGAAUAUUAUCAUCAUUACUAUUAUCCAGAUAGAACCUCGUCUCCAAACCCCCAUGUACUUCUUCCUCACUAAUUUGUCCUUCCUGGACAUUUGCUACACGUCCACCAAUGUCCCACAAAUGCUGUCCAACAUGGUGGGGAAAAAGAAUACCAUCCCAUUCUCUGGCUGUGCUACUCAGAUGUACUUCUCCCUCUCCUUUGGAAUGAUUGAGUGUGUUCUUCUCGGUGUCAUGGCUUAUGACAGAUAUGUGGCCAUUUGUCAUCCUCUUCAUUACACUGUCAUUAUGGAUCGUAACACCUGUGUCCAACUAGCACUCAUUUCCUGGUCCAGUAGUUUCCUGAGUUCCAUGGUUAUCAAUGUCCUCACCUUGAGUUUGCCCUACUGUGGGCCCAAUACCCUGAAUCACUUUUUCUGUGAGGUGCCUUCUGUCCUGAGGCUGGCUUGCACAGAUACCUCACUCAUUGAACUCGUUGUUUUUAUCUUCAGCAUCAUCAUCGUCUUCAUCCCUUUCCUACUCAUUGUUGUUUCAUAUGCUCGGAUCCUUCAGUCUGUUCUCAGGAUGCGGUCUGCUUCUGGCAGGUACAAGGCACUAUCCACCUGUGCCUCCCACUUGACAGUGGUAGCAUUAUUUUAUGGGACUGCCAUCUUCAUGUACAUGAGACCUCAGUCGAAGUCCUCCCGGGCUGGAGGCAAGAUCAUUGCAGUGUUCUACACAGUGGUCACACCCAUGCUCAACCCCUUGAUUUACAGCCUAAGGAACCAGGAUGUGAAAGGAGCUUUAAGAAGAGCUAUCACGAAACAGAGGACAUGA